GUACAGUCGAAUUUUAUCCACACGUGCAUUUCUAAAAACUAAACACUCAACCUCCAACCAUUUUCAUUACAACUGUUGCAUUCACGCUGAACGGAAUAUUUCUUGCAUUGUAAAACACAGCACAACUCUAGAGGCCGAUUUGUGCACCUUCUCCACUGCAUGUAAUUGCAUUCGCAUUACAUUUUUAUUUUCUCACCGCUUCACACCUUUUCAGUGAUACCGCACCGCAUCACCACCAUGGAACCGCCUCAAAAAGGUCACGCGAACCUUUUCCAGGUUUAUUUGCGCCUGCGUCCUCCUCCAUCUGGUAGCUCUAACGCCGAACGUUUCCUCUUAGUCGAGGAGCCUGCUGAACACAAUGCGCCUACACAUAUCACAUUGAACCCUCCGAACGACCGAAGACGAGCAAUCGAGAAGUUCGCAUUUACCCAAGUCUUCGAAGAGAAUUCUACCCAGCUCGAUCUAUUUCAAGGAACUAAAGUACUUCCAUUAGUCGAGGGCGUAUUAGCACCUCACGGAGGCGAUGGCACAGAUGGCUUGUUGGCGACUCUGGGAGUCACUGGUUCCGGCAAGACACAUACAAUGCUUGGGUCUAGAAACCAACGGGGCUUAACCCAGCUUGCUCUCGAUGUAGUCUUCCGAUCUAUCGACUCAAACAUUGUUGACUGUGACACAUCUCCCACUUUGGAGGCUAGUAUAAGAGCCUCGGAUGCAUCUGAAGCAUCUAUCCACUCCGCUCCGGCGUUCCUCGAAUCGAUUUAUAGCGAUUAUAAUGGCCCAUCUAGAGCUGGAUCCAGGGCUGCAACGCCAAUGAUUGGCGAGUAUCCACUACCACCGAUCCCGACUCCGAGACGCCACCUACAACGGCUAUCCGCCCUCCCUCAAGCUCCCGAUAUUAGUUCCGUCCGAGCAUCCUGCGACCCAUCUGCCGAAUAUGCUAUUGUUAUCUCUAUGUACGAAGUAUAUAACGAUAGAAUCUUCGACCUCCUAACCCCUCCGAUCAAGUCGAAUGCUACGAAGGAAUAUCGACGACGACCGCUCCUAUUUAAGCCCACAGAGUUAUCUCCUGACCGAAAAGUAGUCGCUGGACUUCGAAAGAUCAUUUGCGGUAAUAUGAAUGAAGCAUUGAUGGUUCUUGAGGCCGGAUUACAUGAGAGACGAGUCGCCGGCACGGGUAGUAACAGUGUCUCGUCGAGAAGUCACGGAUUCUUCUGUGUCGAGAUUAAGAAGAGGCGUCGUGGCCGCACUAAUGGAAGAUGGGGUGCCAGCACUCUUAGUAUUGUUGACCUGGCUGGUAGUGAACGAGCGAGAGAUGCUAAGACGCAAGGCGCGACGCUUGCUGAGGCUGGCAAGAUUAACGAAAGUUUGAUGUAUCUCGGACAAUGCCUACAAAUGCAGAGCGAUGCUAGUAACACUACAAAGCCUAAUCUAGUCCCCUUCCGUCAAUGUAAACUUACCGAGUUGCUUUUCUCUAACUCAUUCCCCUCAGCUGCUCAAUCACAUUCUUCUGUUAACAGACGAGCGCCUCAGAAAGCCGUCAUGAUCGUUACUGCCGAUCCAUUGGGCGACUUUAACGCCACCUCUCAGAUCCUAAGAUACAGUGCUCUCGCUCGGGAGGUCACUGUUCCACGUAUCCCCUCUAUCACGUCUACUAUCUUAGCAAACACGACGAUGCAGUCAGGCCAGUCCGAGUCAAGUGUAGGCUCCUGUAGCCCUACAAGCUCACCUGUUAUGUCCCACCAAAAACCCUAUUACCAGCCCUCCGGUGCCCAUAGUCGCACGUUCUCGCCUAUGACUGACACGGAGCGAGCGACUAUGGAAAACGCGGCUCUGGAGAUUGCUAGGAUGGCAGAUAUCAUCGAUCAGUUGAACACUGAGCUGGCGCGAGAAUCAGAAGAACGCAUGACUGCCGAAGCGCACUUACUAUCAAUGCAAGACCGUAUCGAAGAUCUCGAGCAAGAGAUUCGGGAAGAAUGUUACGCAGACUUUGAGCAGCGGCUCUCCUUAGAAAUGGGACGUUGGAAGGCGUCGCUAUCCCUAGAACAGGAGCGUGGCGAGGAGCAUUGGGACCGCAAGGUCGAGGUGUUGGCCCGAAGUGUUGGCGUGGUCACGGUGACAUCGCCUAGCUCUGAUGACGACGACGGGGAGAAUGAGGAUAAAGAAAACAUACUCAUCGAGAAUCUGGAAGAAGAGAACGAGCGAUUGCGAAGAGAGGUCUCGAUCCUAAAGCGCGAGCUCUCCGGCCGUACGCCGAGCAAGCGGGCGCCACUUCAGGAGAGGGGCGACGUGCCUAGCAGUAGAUCCUCUACAGUUGGAGGUGAUGCGUUGGCGGGCCUUGGAAACCGCAUGGAGCAGCUGCGCAUGAAUGGCGGCGAAGACAAGAAGGUGCUGAAGGUGUCGAGCAGCGGCAGCCCGCAGAAGAAGGUUCGAAAGCUGCCGGCGAGAAAAUGGGAGGGUGUCGCGGCCGAAGAUGAGCUAAGUUAAGCCGAGUUAAUGGGAUAUGAUGUGAUGCGGUGGGAUUGGAGCUAUGCAGGAUAUCGAGGUUCACGAUAAUGACCGAUAAUCGAUGACCUACGAUUGCGGUGGUGGUAUGGUCUGUGACUGGUGGCGGAUGAUUAAUGAUAAACUGAACUGAACUGAACUGAAUUGGGGAGCAGCUGAUGUGCGCCGAAUUGGGUUGAGUUAAGGAUACCCCCUAUGCUGUCCUGCUUUAUUUUGUUAUACUAGUUUGCUUUGGUGGUAAUGACUUUUGAAUUGGUAUCAUUGGUGUUUGGUUUGACGUUUUGGUUGUUGCUACCCAGACUAUGUGUUAGUUAUGUGCCUUGACAAUCGUGUUUGGAUUGGUAUCGUUGGUAUUGUGACUGAAGUUUAUGUGCUUUCAUGAACUAGGUAUGGUGUAUGAGGCCUCAUUGCAAACCUGUGGAUUAGGAUUAUCUUGG